AUGGGUUUAGAUGAAGCGCAUUUUUGAUAUAGAAUAGGAGAAUUCAAAACACAAGCGCGGAAAUAUAGGACACAUAAAGAGGAAUAAAUAAAGGUAUUUUAAGAUGCCGAGAAAAAGAGCAACAAGAGCACAGGGUGCAAAAUCCAAGCCAAAGGUCCAAAUUGACAGUGUUGGUGAAGAAUUGACAGACGAGGAAAAAAACAAAAAGCUUGAUGUCUAUCUGCAAGAUUUAAAAAUUAAAGUCAGCGAACAAAAUAAAAUAUUAGCUAAAGAUUUGGAGAAUAUGUUGAGCUUGAUAGACAAGAAAUUUGUGUGGGACCUAUCCCGCUUGCCCAUUGCUGUCAGAAAGAUGACCCUUGAAGAUUUUAUAAGCUGUGGUGGGACCGUUGAUUUAGCAGAAAAAAGCUUAGAUAUACAGGAGGAUAGCAUGAGCUCUUCAGUCCUAUCAGCUAAGAAAAUUGGAAAAUUGUCCCAUCUACAACCACAUAUAUUUGAAACAAUUUCUGAGGAGGAGGGAACAACACCUAGUUGCACAUUUACACAGCCAAGGACAGCAUCAAGAAGAGGAAGACAACCAAUGAAUACACCCAUGUCUCAUAUGAUGAAAACCCCAGCCAUGGGGAGGAGUAUGGCUGCCACAGGGUGGGAAACACCUCUCGUCACACCUAAGUUUGACCCCCGGUUGCCAAUGACAGGGAAUAUGAAACGAGCAGCCAGACCUGGAGAAAUCAUCAUGUCAAUGGGGGGUAGCCCCAUCCAGAACCCCACUCGUGGGGGCAAGGGUAACAUAAGGAAGCGUGGAAAGACAUUAACUGUGGAUGUGGACCCGCACUGUGAAUUAGAAAAUUUGGUGAUACCGGACAACAUACCUAAAGCUCAGCUUACACAAUUAGUGGGAGUUCUUCAAGACUUCAUUAAAAAAGCUAAGAACUAAAAGUAAAACUUUCCUAAGAUUGGAAAAAUAUUUGUACUUAAAUAACGAACCAUCGAGAUGAUGAACUGGAAUUAGAAGACAAGGGACAUAUCCUUGAAGAUUCUAAUGUAUUAGGAAUAUGAGGCUGGAUCCUGUACAGCUGUUAUGGCGAGUGUUUUGUAUACUAGUAGGUUCUACUAUCACUCUAGUAUAACUAGUAACUCAGCAUUAAGAGUUGUUCCAACCGGUAUGUUCUUGCAUCGCUUUAGUACAGUUAAUAAUCCAACAGUAAGAACUUGUGUAUGGAAACCUUGUAUAGAGUUGUUCCAACUGGUAUGUUCUUGCAUCACUCUAGUACAGUUAAUAAUCCAACAGUAAGAACUUGUGUAUGGAAACCUUGUAUAGAGUUGUUCCAACUGAUAUGUUCUUGCAUCACUCUAGAACAGCUUUUAUAUCCAAUAAUCUGUACUUAUAUAACCUGACGGCAAGACGUUCUGUAUGGAAACUUCAUAGGGUUCCAACUAGCUGUGCUUAAUGUUUCUGUUCACUGGUAGGUUAUACUGCUUUAGUACGGCUGCUGUCCAGAUGUUUUUGUAACAAGGAAACAACAUUUGUUAGCAUUUUUGUUGAAAUUUAAUCGACAUGGAUCGGCUUAUUGCCAGAUUUAUAUACAGCACAGCUAGUCGUUUUGUCAGUGGUAUUUGUGUCACAUUCUCAUAACUUCACAAGUGGAAUGCUGCAAACUACUGAUGAACAUCGGCUAUGAACACAUUCAGUACCACAUGUUGGUAGCUGAUAGGUAGGAUCCUAGUAUACCAAUCUUCAAUACCAUGUGUUGGUAGCUGAUAAAUAGGUUACUUGAAUACCAAACUAUGGCCUCACUAAUUAACAUCAGCUGAUGGAGAACAAUGUAUGGGCAAUUACACAUGAGUCUAUUUGCAAGAUGAUCAUUUUUUAUGCUUGUGUUCAAAUUGUUUUUAAAUUUGUGAAUUAUUUUAUCAUCCUUCUUGCAAUGCACUCAACAUUGAUUUUAAUUAGACAAAUAAAACAAAUUUUAUGCAAACAACACAUCUGACAAUUGUGCUACAGGUCAAACACAUUGUAAUACAUCAGGCAGACACAAUUGUAAUAUUUUGAAUAACAUUACUGGACAUUAAUGUCAACAUUCACCAACAUUGUAAUGUGUGCUACACUUGACCCACGGGUGAUACGCAUAAUGUAGUGCAAUCAACCGUGGAUAUCCGAAGAUACAAACAACAAUGUUAUAUACCUUAACUAACAUUUUCCGUGUCAAACAACCUCGUACAGCAUGGUAUCUACUGACUCCUGUUUUAGUUCUGUAUGGUUUCCUUUCUACUCUCCUGCUAUCUAUAACCAUUCCUCACUUCAUCUCUUCCUUUAAUUAGGUAACCCAACAUUUAUUCUUUUAUUAUAUACAAGAAACAUGUUUUAUAGAUGAAACACCAGAGAAAUACAUACAUUACACCUGAUAGGUAAACAAUUUUAUAUGUCUGACAGUGUUACACGUUAAACAAAUAAUGUGUCAAACAACAUUUUUACAAUAACAUUGAUGAGAAUGUACAUGUUUAGUGUAUGGCACAUGUAACAGGAAUACAGGCGAGUCUGUUAAUAAGAGCAAACGGUGCUUGGGCGGAGAAUUUACAAAUUAAGGCAGUGCUUGGCAUGUUCUUGUUGACUGCUUCCCCAUUCUCCAUCACUAAAAUGGAUUACUUGGAUGUAUGAUUUUUUUUCCAAAUAAUAUUCUUGAAUUUUGAUAUCUGAAUAAAUGGUCAAAUGUAAGUUCAGACUAAAAGAAUUUGUAUAAGUUUACAAUGUAUUAAAUGUGCUUUUUUUUUUUCAUUUUACACAUGACCACACCUACAAGUUAAAAGGCAGAAUGUUGGUCUCUAGCUUAUUUGGAAUACACCUAGUAAAAUAAGAAAACUUUGAUUAAGUCCAUUUAAUUUAUGCCAGUGGGUUUUUUUUGCUAAUCAUCAGAUGAUGGGCUAUUCAAAUUGCUCUUUGUUAAUCUAUAAACAAUCCUUGUUAUCAAUAUUUCUUAGUAGAACUGGAAGGAUAUUUCUCCAACUCCAUGUGUAGGUUCCUCUUGGUCCCUAAUUGUGCCCAUUAGAUUUGAGUCCAAAUCAGAAUAUGGCCAACAGGUGGCCAUCUUUGAUGUUGACAGUUGAAGAUUCUUAUCACUAUUUCUUGAGAAAUAUAGGAAGGACAUUUAGUUUGAUCAGAAAACAAAAUGGCCAAUAGGCUGGCAUCUUAUAUCUUGAUAGUUGAAAUU